GUCGUCGUACCUCGGCUAUGGGGAGUUAGCUGUGAAGGUCGAGUCGUUACGGACUACGAUGAAGUGCUAUUCUCCUGUCUGCAGUCCAGUCAACUACUGUUUCAGUCUUGGCUGCGACCCGCAAAUGCCACGCAGUCGACAGGCUCACAAAGUGGUUCCGAGCAAACAGUGUCCGGAUCACAUAUUUCGGCUUCUAGUGAUCCUGGGACAAUGGUGGGUGCAGUUUCAGCUGUUCAAACAUCUGUACGAUCGGAUCCGAUUCAGGCGAAACGAGGCAGCACUGGGCAAACUGCCAAACCGGGUUAUCCUGCUUUGGCAGUUUCCAGUGCUCUUGUGCGAUCGGUUGUACUUCUCUCUGAUCUGUUCACAACUAGAGAGCAGUUUGAAUGGCUACAAGGAUAUCUCAGCGAGUUUGUUGGCAAGCUUCCAUCACUCAGCGAUUUCCCUGCUCCCAUUCAACAAUGGUUGACAAUUGGUUUGGCCAAAAGUUCCGCGGUGUUGGAGGUGGCCGCUAGUGGUCCCGAAAAUGUGGAACUCUUGCAGCCUGGUUCAUUGGAUCUAGCGGUGCGUCAGACCCUCAUGGCUCUUCAGUCCAACCAAAUCACCCUGCAAAAUGCAGGUCUUCAGGCGGCUAUGUGGCUGCUGCACGCAGCCCUUCUGGUACGAUCGCAGCCACAUCAGAGUCAGUUGCAACAGCACAGUCCACCGACGGGAUCUCCCGUACUGAAUGAGUUAUACUCACAGCUCUGUAGCUAUUUGGAACGGAAACUGGACGCGCUCUUUGGUCCUCUGUGUUCUAUCCGGUCAUCUGUAGCAGAAUACACUGAUUCUUCCGCAGUGGAUUCGCUCAAGACCAGUCGGACAGAUCGCCCGGUUGCUGAGCCGGACAAAACAGCCGGGGCAUCUGGAUUGAAACGCUUCAUGACCGGCAUGUUUGGCGUAUCAGCUGGUUCCAAAACCGGACUAAUCGGUGCAGCCAGUCACGUGAAGCCAUUCGAUGCUACCACAUUCUCGGUCAGCACCUCCAACGGUAAUUCAUUUCAAACGGAACGAGUGGAGCGACAUCAACUGACCAUCCUAGCCGCAGCGUUCUUCCUGGCAGAGAACUUUUCUGCACCGCCUGUUCAUCCAGUGCUUACGGAUUUUGGAUCGGGUUUGACGGAAAUGCUGUCGGGUCUUACAUCCAACCUGUUCCGUCUCGGUUCUUUCAUGUUAUCGGACAGUGUACCCGCCACAUUAUUACGCACGGGAAGUCUCCACACGCCCCACGCCGCUCUCGCAACGGGAACCACGGCUCAUUUGUGCUGUUCACUCUUAGUCCACACAGCUUGGUGUCGAGGAAUCGGGCGUUUGGUUAUGAUGGGAAGGCUUGGAAAAGGUGCUACAGAGAGUCUUCAAAAGUUGUGUGUCAGUCGUCUCCGAGCAUGUCGUUCUCCACUCGUCAGCCUUCCCGUACUUCGCCUUCUUGUCACAUGCAUGUACUCAAAUGCAGGACGAUUGAACCAUCAGCUCAAGCAGUACCGACGUGAAUCCUCCCUCAUGGGAACAGUUCCUCUGGGCGACACUGAAUCGAGCAUGAUGUAUUCGACAACUUCGGAUGAUAUCCCCCUGACACGCAAGUCACUUACGUUACCUCCUUCGGUGCUAUUGGACUCCGAAGCUGCUGCCGGUAUGACACAAGAAUUCCUUAGCUGCUUGUGGGAACGACUUCGGGGUGGAAUCGCUCCUGUACCGGCCUCACCCUCAAGUAAUACUAGUUCAACUUGGGUAUCCAGUGCGUGGACCUCGGCCGUGGAAGCCACUGUCGUAGCGGACCUCCUUCCCUCAACAAGUAUGGAUAUUAUCCAAGCCCUAUCGGUUUCUUACCCCACCAGCAACCAAGAUUCGGACUAUGAGAAACAAAGAGAUGAGCACAUUUCGGAUCCCGUAUUGAACAAAGCUCUGGGAGAAUUCGCUCGUUUGGAUCAUGCUAAUCCACAGCUGGCUGCUCAAACUCUUGCUCAGUUAUUUGGGCGAUUUCUGGACAACGAAGAGGGCCAGGCCCUGAUCCGUCAAUGGGUCCUUCUGGCGCUUCCAACUCUACUGGGCCGAGAGCCACCCCAACUGGCUGUCUGGGCAACAACCGUCUGUCUGCUCUCCGCCUCUACUCACCCGGCUCUGCGUAGGGCAUGCUGCCACUCAGUCUAUGCCUCUAUUCAAUGGAUAUGGGAGUUCAUUCCUCACUAUUCGGUCAACCUACCAACGCCUCCAGCAUGACGACUCUUAGUAAACAUUCUUCUCCUCCUCUGAUGUCCGAUCUCUUAUGUCUGUCAGCUAUGCAUUUCGUUCUUUCCGGUCUUUUGCGUCCCUUGCCUUCGGUAGAACGCUCUCGAGAUCGUGCGAUUUUUCUGCGCAUGUUCCAGUCGCUUUGUGAAGAUUCAGACGAACAGGAUGGUCGUCCCUCGUUUGAGGCGACCAAGGAUAGACCCGAGUUCAACGCAUUCAGGCGAGUUUACAGGCUGCUCCGUCGAGAACUGGGAGACCGAACCUGCGAACUUUCCUCUUCUGUUGUUUGAUCACUUGAAGCCAAAAAGCCUGUGAUACUCUAAUUUAUUUCAAAUACUGAUGUUUUUCUCAUGUUGAGCGCCAAUGUGCCAUAACCGUGUUCUCUUUUCACGAUCUGUUCCGUGUCUUCAUGUGUGGUUCGUGCCGAUGUAUUCUUUCAAAUUCUCCACUACUAACCAACUCACCAUCUUUAUCGCGCAUAAUCUUGCUGACUACGUUGUCCCCCGUUCCAGUCCAUAACUACUGUCAUAUUAACCAAUGUUUUCAGUACGGACAUACAUUUUAGC